AUGGCCCUGGCGGUGGGCAUUCUCCUCUGCGCGUUCUUCCUCGGUGUCUUCGCCAUGGCCGGCGUCCGGCUCUUCCUCCGCCGGCGCCGGCGAUGGCAGCAGCAGCAGCCGCCGCCCCACGCCGCGGGCGACGCCGAGAAAGCGGAACCCGGGGGGGUGCCUGCCGGGGAGGGGCGCACGAGGGAACCCCCGACGGUGUACUCGCAGGGGGCGACGCAGAUGGCGGGUGCUGCGCAGGAGUGCGCCAUCUGCCUUACGGAGUUCGCCGAGGGCGACGAUCUCCGGGUGCUGCCGGCCUGCCGGCACGGCUUCCACGCCGACUGCGCCGAGGCUUGGCUCACUUCCUCUUCCUGCUCUGCCGGCGGGAGCGGGGCGGGCCCGUCGUGCCCCAUCUGCAGGGCCAGCUGCCGCCCUCCCCAGCCAUCGCCGCCGCCGAACCCUGAGAUGAACUGA